AUGAAGGAUACAGAGUCUGACACUUCAGUCGAAGGCAGCAGUUGUUUUUCGGAGCUACAUCGAGCUAUUCGAGAUAAAUAUGUCAACACUACAAUCACUUUUAUUCUUAUUAUGGGCUUCCUUUAUUUAUUGAUAAGCUCCGUAUACGGCAGAAACAUAUUACAUCCUUUAUCCGGGGAUAAUGAAGUGUUCUCCGAGAAUAUGACCAACAAUGUAGUUUCUGUAUUUGUAUUAUUAGUAUCUGCUUUAGCUUUUGGUUGGAUCUUAAGCGUUAUACGACUUCCACCGCUGUUCGGUGCACUUUUGGUUGGAAUCGCAUUCCGUAAUAUUCCAUUGUUAUCCGAGACUUUCCGUUUUGAUGAAAAUUGGCUCAACCUUAUUCGAGUUGCAUCUCUAUCCUGCAUGAUGCCCAAAUGGGGAUUGAGCAUCAGAUGGUUGGAAAUCAAAAGAAGACCUUUCUUACCUUUGACUGUUGGUAUUCUCACACCUAUUGCCGAAGCUGCUUCUAUAGGAGUUGCCUCCCAUCUUAUUUUUGGAAUGGACUUGUCUAUCUCGUUCUUAGCAGGAUUUCUUUUGGCUGCCGUCUCUCCUGCUAUCACAGUACCCGUUCUCUUAGAUUUACAGAACGAUGGUAGAGGAGAAAACAAGGUUGUUCCUGGAUUACUCGCGGCUGCCACUCUGGAUAAUGUUGUUUGUUUGUUCUCCAUUACCGUUGCCAUGACUUCUAUAUUCUCACAAGAUACUCCAUCAGGAACGCUGUUUCAUAUUAUUUUGCAAAUUUUCACCGGUCUUGUUGCUGGAGUUGCAUUUGGUGUUUUGUUAUGGUUUUUCCCAUUGAGUUCAAACGCCAACAGUGGACUGAUUAGAUCUGUUAUUCUCGCAGCUGCUGCUUCCGCAGCUUUCUUCGGGUUCAACGCAGUCAGAUGGACCUGCACUGGAAUCAUUAGUAGCUUGCUUUUGAGCUUUGUGGCGUCAUGUAGAUGGAAAGUGGACAAUGAUCGUGGAACAAAAACACAAGAGAAUAUUGCUGAGAACUUGUGGGCAUUACUGUUCCUCCCUCUAUUAUUUUCCUCCAUUGGAAUGAGACUGGAUUUGGAGAAUUUGGAAAAAUCGACCGUUUUGUGGUCACUGGCUUUAAUAGGGAUUGGGCAAGUGGCUCGCUUCCUGUCAACUUUGGUUUUAUCGCUUUUCUCUUUGAAUGUUAAAGAAAGUUUGUUUGUGGCUUUCUCCAUGUUGCCCAAAGCAACAGUUCAAGCUGCUCUAGGACCUUCUCUCUUAGGAUAUAUUGCUCUUUUCCCAGAGAUGGGAGAUCAAUUAAACGCGAUUGUGACGACAGCCAUCAUUACGAUUUUCCUGACUGCCCCAAUUGGGCAAUUGCUCAUUCAAGUAUUGGCUCCUCUACUUCUUCGUCGAGAAUCUCCGAACAUUCCUACAUACAUCUACAAUCAUUACGAAAACGAUCAACGUUUAGAAGAUAAAGAUAUCAUUCUGAAUGGAAUUGGCGCCAAAAGCUUCAUCAAAGCUGAUGAAGUUUCUCUACGAUUCUAA